AUGGAUCUGAAUGUUCCCCCUCGGCCCGAUGAUCACCCGGGGCUUGAUGAACACCCGGGGCCCGAUGAUUACCCGGGGCCCGCUGUUCACCCGGGGCCCGCUGAUAGAUCAGUAUUGUCUUUGCAAGGCAAUCAUAGGUCAGAGUUAUUAUGGGCUGGUACUAUAGGGAUAUCGACUAGGCUCCGUCCCCGUAGGCUGCAGAGAGCGUGGACUCUUUUACGCGAGCGCCCCCCACCCUCGCGUCUUAGAGAUAUUGCUUCGGGUCGGCAUCUAUCAUUGCGUGAUGUGGAGGUCCUCUUUGAAUUGCGGGUAGAUGGAGAGCCACUAUACACUCGGUACGAGCCACCUCCUGGUCGGACAUGGAUAUCGAGACAGAGUCGGGUUCAGUUUAGUGCACUCUGCACUUAUUUAGAGGGUCUGGAUCCGGUUGUGGAUGGCACUCAGCAGGACGAUGUUGAUCGUCAUGCCCGUUUGUACCUGCUUAUUAUAUUCGGGGGCAUCUUGUUCCCAAACUUAUCGAGUGCCUUUGUCAGUUUACGUUAUUUGGUUUUCUUGGAGCAUCUGGACUGCUUGGGAGACUACAGCUGGGGCGGUGCUGUUUUGGCGUAUCUUUACAGAUGCCUAUGCCGAGCAUCUAUUGGUGCUGUCAGAGAUGUGUGUGGAUUUUUUGCUCUUCUCCAGUUAUGGGCGUGGGAGAGGAUGCUGCCUUUUCAGCCUGUACCUAGGCAUCACCUCGAGAUUGACAUACCUUAUGCUAGGAGGUGGACAACGGGUUUUGACCGGGAUGUGGAUACGCACCACAGUAUUCUUUCAUUCCGGGACUAGCUUGAUCACAUGACGGACGAUGCGAUAAAACUAU